AUGUCUUUCCUACCGCAAGGUGAAGGCUGGCUGCCUUCAUGGCUUCUCCUAGUCUCCGUUGUGUCUGUAGGCAACACGAUUCAAGCUUACACGACCACAAAGAAUACGCGCGAGGUCUAUCUUCACUCAGGCUCAGAAACCAGUGCCCUCUCUUCAAGGAUCUUCGGUACUUGGACCAUCGUGUCUGCCAUCAUCCGCUUCUACACUGCCUACAACAUAUCCAAUCCCCAGCUCUACCAGCUCGCAAUGUGGGCCUACGCUAUCGCAUGGAGUCAUUUCAUGAGCGAGUGGCUGCUAUUCAAGACGGCGGGGUGGGGCAGGGGUUUGGCAGGGCCAAUUCUCAUUUCCACCGGAAGUUUGGUCUGGAUGUUCAGCCAGUGGGGCUAUUAUGUUGUUCAGUAG